AUGGCGCCUGUUUUUUUAGCGCCAAAAAGAAAAUUCUUCCUCCCGACCCCCAAAUAUUUGUUCCUCCUUCGUUCUUCAAAAACUCCAGGCCACAGACAACCAAAAUGUCUCCCCGGGUUCGAUCCUUGCAGACGGCAUUCACUUUCCACCUGCAAAUGCCCGGAUGUCUCUGCCUCCCACACGAUUAUUUCUUUCUUCAGUGACUCUAGGGAAAUCGCGGCACCAUUUCGGAAAUGUCACCAGCCAACGUCCUUUUCUCUUGAGGAGCAAACGAUUGACGGAGCCGCGCAGAAAGCUCAGCUCUCACCAACUUUAGACCCCGAGACGACGUCCACAUCGUCGGCGUCGUCCGUCGACAAAUGUUCCAAUGUGUGGUGCCAGAUUUCGACCUUCUUUAAAUGGUUUUCUUUCUCCUUGAGGGAGUGGCGCCAUUUUGUCUGCAGUUCGUACGCCAUCACUUUCUUCAUAUUAUCGCACAACUUGAGACGUGCUUCUUCCACGAAUGCCUCAAAAUCCCGAAGAACGAGGCGGACACUGAGGGGAGGCGAUCACGUGAUCCAGGUAACAUAUUUUGCACAGGCACGUGUUGCACCACUGGCAGAAGGCGUCCUUGGAUUGGCGGUGCCGUCGACAGUCGUCCGUCGUGAUGACCCUGACGGCCCAACAAGUCUUUGGUCACGUGUCCGGUGUGGAAUCUCUCGCAGGAUUGGCACAAGCGUUUCUCGCAUUCCUGACACCAAAUCUGGACGGUCGAUUCUCUUCCGUUCUCUUCAAAGCACCUGCCGCACCUCCAUUCGCUGGUUUUCAGCUGACGGCGCCUCAAAGACUUCUCCAGAAAUGGUGACAGUCUCAAAUCGUCACUGGUGA